AUGGCCCAAUUGCCAGUCUUGGUAGCCGGGGAUCAGUCCGCCAGGGCCUCCACUCCUGGCCGCUGCCCAGCACACAGUGCACCCGACCCCUACGGCGCCUCCUGCGUGUGGUGGGCCUGCAGGAGGAUGGGCCCAUGUCCUCUUUUCGGGCUGUGCCCUGCUGGGCACCGUGGACUAAGGCCCGGCCACCAGACGCUGGCUCUUGGGCACCCUCCCCAGGCCUGGCUCCAGAGCGAGGCCCCGGUAACCCUAUCCUGGGCAGGUCUCACCUUCAUCAGAGAUGAGCCCAAUAGCGGUGGUGACAUUGGUAUACUCAACAAUGACAUUGUCCGCAACCAUGUGAGCAGCAUCUGUAGCACAUGGGGCAGGGAGCACUUCAAGACAUUUGAUGGUGAUGUGUACCAGUUUCCUGGCAUGUGUGAAUACAACCUGGUCUCCGACUGCCACGACACCUUCCCAGAGUUCUCUGUGCACAUGAAGAGGAAGGAAAACGAUGGAAACCCGACAGUCAGUUAUGUGGUGGUCACCAUCAGUGAUUUUGCAUUUCACCUUAGCAAGGAUGUGGUCACUGUGAACGACCUGCCUGUCAAACUUCCACACUACCAGGCCGGAGUACAAGUGGAAAGAAAUGCAGUCUACAUCAAGCUCCAGUCCAAAGUUGGCAUCAUUGUCAUGUGGAACCUUGAUGAUGCAGUCAUGGUGGAAAUUGAUAAUGAUUACACUAACCGCACUUGUGGACUUUGUGGAGAUUUUAACGGUGUUUCAGUCUACAAUGAGUUCCUCCUUGAUGGUCGCAAAAUCAGCCCCAUUGAGUUUGGCAACAUACAUAAAGUCCAUCGUCCAAAUGAUGAUUGUGAGGACCCAUAUGAAGAGGAAGAUGUGUCACAGGAAGCUAUGAAUGUGCCAGAGUCAUGCAAAGAGUUUCAAAACACCUGUGAAGAGAUGCUGCAUGCAGAAACCUGGAGCUCCUGCACCAAACUGAUUGAACCUGAGCCUUACAUUCAGGCCUGUGUGCAGGACAUGUGUGGCUGUACCAACCAUUCAGAUGACUUUUGUGUCUGCAGCACACUCUCUGAGUUCUCUCGACAGUGUUCCCAUGCAGGAGGGGAGCCUCCCAACUGGAGGACUUCUGAGUUCUGUGCCAAACAGUGUCCAUUCAACAUGGUUUAUGAAGAGAGUGGAUCCCCUUGUGUGGAUACCUGCACACAUCUUGACACAAGCUCAUUCUGUGAGGACCACAAAAUGGACGGCUGCUUCUGUCCUCCUGGAACCGUGUUCGAUGACAUUUCCAUGAGGGGGUGUAUUGCUCAGUCUGAAUGCCAGUGCAAGCAUGGAAAAAUCUAUGAAUCUGGUGAAGUUUACAGACAGGCGCGAGAGGAAUGCACAUGUUUUGAGGGUAGAUGGGCUUGUGAAAGUCUUUCAACACCUUCUACAUGUGCGGUUGAAGAAGGUUCACAUGUAACCACCUUUGAUGGGAAAGACUUCACCUUCCAUGGAGACUGUUACUACACCCUGGCCAAGGAUGAUUCAAGCCCUAAGUUUACCAUUCUGGUCAAACUGGUACCAUGUGCACACCAAGACUAUGACACCUGUCUGAAGACCCUCAAAAUCCUGCUGAACAAUGACAGAAACAAUAUGUUAACAUUCACUGCUGAUGGCACAGUAAAGCAGAAUAUGCAGAGUAUCACUUUGCCGUACUUCUCAGGGGAUAUCAGUAUAUUCCAUGCUUCGUCCUUUCACAUCAUCCUCCAGACCAGUUUUGGUUUGCAAAUUCAGAUCCAACAUGUGCCUCUGAUGCAAGUCUAUGUCAGCCUGGAGCAGAGCUACAGAGAAAAGACACGUGGUUUAUGUGGGAACUACAACAUGGUCCUGUCUGAUGACAUGAACACUCGUCAGGGAAUUGUGGAGGGAAGUGCAGCAGCUUUUAGUAACUCCUGGAAGGCUAGCUAUAUAUGCCAAGACAGAGAAGAGAGACUUGAUGACCCUUGUUCUCUCAGUAUGGAAAAUGAAAAGUAUGCCAAUCACUGGUGCAGCUUGCUACGACAGCCAAAUAGUACCUUUGCAGAGUGCCAUUCUGUGGUGGAUCCUGAGAUAUACUACAAGCGAUGUACUUAUGCUAGCUGUAACUGUGAGAAGAGCGAGGACUGCCUGUGUGCUGUUUUCUCCUCCUAUGCCAGAGCUUGUGCAUCAAAGGGAGUGUUCUUGACAGACUGGAGAGAGAAUGUGUGCGACAAAUACACCAAGAACUGCCCAGCAUCUCAGACCUUCUCUUACAAAAAUCAGAGAUGCCAGCUGACUUGCAGAUCACUGAGCUUAAAGCAGCAGAGCUGCACCUCUGAUUUCUUACCUGUGGAUGGCUGUUCCUGCGCUGAGGGUCACUACCUAGAUGACAACGGCAUCUGUGUCCCAGUGGCAAAGUGUCCCUGUUACCAUAAUGAAGUCUAUGUUAAGUCAGGCAAGUCUAUCAGCAUCAACAACGAGCGCUGCGUAUGCACUGAUGGAGUUCUUCAUUGCCAUUCUGGGAGAAACCACAUGUCAAUUUCUACAGCUUGCCCUUCUCCUAAAGAAUACUUCAACUGCUCCACUGCAAGCGCAGGAGUUGUUGGAGUGCAGUGUGCUCGAACUUGUUUAAAUCUGGACAAUGAUGAUUGUGAUACCACAGAGUGUGAAUCUGGUUGUCGGUGUCCCAGUGGCCUCCUUGAUGAUGGUAAAGGUUUCUGUGUGAAAGAAAGUGACUGUCCAUGCAAGCAUGAAGGCCAUCUCUAUGUCUCCGGGACACAAAUACCAAACCAGUGCAACACCUGUACCUGCCAAAGUGGAAAAUGGACAUGCACAGAGAAAAAAUGCCCAGGAACUUGCAUUAUUUAUGGAAGUGGUCACUACACCACAUUUGAUCAGAAAACAUAUGCAUUUCAAGGACAGUGUGGCUAUAUUGCUGUAAAGAACAACUGUGGCAAUAAAACAGUGCACAACAGCUUUGGAGUUAUCACUGAAAAUGUACCUUGUGGCUCUACGGGCACCACCUGCUCUAAAAAAGUCAGAAUUCAGCUGGGGAGAAUGGAAAUCAAACUAUCAAGGGGAAGAUUUGAAGAGGAUGAUCUGGGACAUGGGCCUCUGAUCAAGUACAGAAUAAGGAAGGUUGGCUUGUAUGUGGUUGUAGAAUCUGAGAUCGGUGUGGCAGUGAUGUGGGAUCGCAAAACAGCUGUUCGGAUCCUGCUUGAACCAACGCACAGCGGAGAAGUGUGUGGCCUGUGUGGUAAUUUCGAUGGUGAUGGACAGAAUGACUACACCACCCAGGGUCAGCUGGUGGUGAGCAAUCCACUUGAAUUUGCAAACAGCUGGAAAGUGUCUAGCUCUUGUCCAGAUGUGGAGGCGAACAUUGAUCCUUGCGCAGUAACAUCCGGUCGACAUCAGUGGGCAAAAAUGAUGUGUAGCAUCAUAAUUGGAAAAACAUUUAGAAAAUGCCACAAAAAGGUUAGCCCUGUUCCAUUUUAUGACAACUGCAUAAAAGACUCAUGUGCCUGCGACACUGGAGGAGACUGUGAAUGUUUCUGCACAGCAGUUGCAGCUUACGCUCAGGCUUGCAAUGAGCAUGAUGUUUGCAUUGCAUGGAGAACUCCAGAGAUCUGUCCUGUCUAUUGUGAUUACUACAAUGGCCCAACGGAAUGCAUGUGGCACUAUAACCCUUGCCACCCUCCGUGCUACAAGACCUGUUUGAAUCCAGAAGGUGUAUGUUUGAAUCCGAUACCCACCCUGGAAGGCUGUUACCCUGUAUGCCCAAAAGAUAAGCCCAUAUUUGAUGAGAACAAAAAAACAUGUGUGGAUUCCUCCUACUACAACUACACCAACAGUUCCAACUACCACAACUACACCCCCUACUACAACCACACCACCACCUCCGACUACCACAACUACACCUUCUACUACAACAACUUCGACUACACCGACAUUGGCUUAAUAUGUAGAGGAGAAGACCAGACCAGACCUCCAAGAAAGUGCUUUGACUAUGAAAUCAGGGUAUACUGUUGCGACAUAUGUUCAACAACCACACCGCCUAGUACUACGACUACAACUACUCCUCCUACAACAACGACAACCACACCUCCGACUACCACAACUACACCUCCCACUACAACUACAACUACUCCUCCUACAACAACUACAACCACACCUCCGACUACUACAACUACACCUCCUACUACAACAACUAUGACUACACCUCCUACAACUACUCCUCCUACAACAACUACAACCACGCCUCCUACAACUACAACUACUCCUCCUACAACAACGACAACCACACCUCCGACUACCACAACUACACCUCCCACUACAACAACUACGACUACACCUCCUACAACUACUCCUCCUACAACAACUACAACCACACCUCCUACAACAACAACUACUCCUCCUACAACAACGACAACCACACCUCCGACUACCACAACUACACCUCCCACUACAACAACAACUACACCUCCUACAACAACUACACCAACACAUCCGACUACCACAACUACACCUCCUACUACAACAACUACGACUACACCUCGUACAACUACAACUACUCCUCCUACAACAACUACAACCACACCUCCGACUACCACAACUACACCUCCCACUACAACUACAACUACACCUCCUACAACAACUACACCAACACCUUCGACUACCACAACUACACCUCCCACUACAACUACAACUACUCCUCCUACAACAACUACAACCACACCUCCGACUACUACAACUACACCUCCUACCACAACAACUACGAUUACACCUCCUACAACUACUCCUCCUACAACAACUACAACCACGCCUCCUACAACUACAACCACUCCUCCUACAACAACUACACCAACACAUCCGACUACCACAACUACAUCUCCCACUACAACUACAACUACACCUCCUACAACAACAACACCAACACCUUCGACUACCACAACUACACCUCCUACUACAACAACUACGACUACACCUCGUACAACUACAACUAGUCCUCCUACAACAACUACAACCACACCUCCGACUACCACAACUACACCUCCCACUACAACUACAACUACACCUCCUACAACAACUACACCAACACCUUCGACUACCACAACUACACCUCCUACUACAACAACUAUGACUACACCUCAUCCUACAACCACAACUACACCUCCCACUACAACUACAACUACUCCUCCUACAACAACUACAACCACACCUCCUACAACUACAACUACUCCUCCUACAACAACGACAACCACACCUCCGACUACCACAACUACACCUCCUACUACAACAACUACAACCACACCUCCUACAACUACAAAUAUUCAAGAUAUUGAGUGUAGAGCGGUAGAUUACACGGACAAAACCUUUGAUGAUUUUGUCGCUGAAACUGGCCAAGUUGUUACUUGUGAUCAGGACAUUGGUUUAAUAUGUAGAGGAGAAGACCAGAAAAGACCUCCAAGAAAGUGCUUUGACUAUGAGAUCAGGACACCUCCCACUACAACUACAACUACAACUCCUACUACAACAACCACAACCACACCUCCGACUACCACAACUACACCUCACACUGCAACUACAACUACACCUCCUACAACAACUACACCAACACAUCCGACUACCACAACUACACCUCCCACUACAACUACACCAACACAUCCGACUACCACAACUACACUUCCCACUACAACUACAACCACACCUCCUACAACUACAACUACUCCUCCUACAACAACUACAACUACACCUCCGACUACCACAACUACACCUCCUACUACAACAACUAGGACUACACCUCUGACUACCACAACUACACCUCCUACUACAACAACUAUGACUACACCUCCGACUACCACCACUACACCUCCUACUACAACAUCUACGACUACACAUCCUACAACUACAACUACUCAUCCUACAACAACUACAACUACACCUCCGACUACCACAACUACAGCCACAGCUCCUUCUACAACUACAACUCCCCCUCCUCCUCCACCAGGCUGCCCUGAUUGGGGUGUCUCACAAAAUGAGACGUUCUAUUUGUGCAACUGCACCAUGGCCAGAUGCAUAGAGAACAACACAAUAGAAAUUAUUCCAUAUGAAUGUCCACCUCUUCAAAACAUAACUUGCACCAAUGGAAAGAAACCAGUUCUGGUGUAUGACGAGUACUACUGCUGUCAAUAUUAUACUUGUGACUGUGUAUGUGAAGGGUGGGGAGAUCCACAUUACAUCACGUUUGAUGGACUUUUCUACAGUUAUCAAGGAAACUGCACUUAUGUUUUGAUGAAAGAGAUUUUACCAAUACAUAACUUGGAGAUUUAUAUUGACAAUGUCUUUUGUGAUCCAACUGAAGAUGUUUCUUGUCCACGAUCAAUAACAGUGGCAUAUGUAUCACAAGUCAUUACACUCAUUAAUCAUAAUCUUAUUGGAACUGCACAACUGGAGGCACUGAAAAAUGGAAAAAGUUUAAACCUACCUUAUUCUCAACAAGGUGUUAAGAUUGUGAAUUCAGGUCUUAACCUGAUUUUAGAGAUUCCUCGACUAAAAGUGGUUAUUACAUUUGGAAUAACUGGCUUUAGCGUAACCCUUCCAUUCCAGUACUUUGGCAAAAACACACAGGGCCAUUGUGGAACAUGCAACAAUAACCAAGCUGAUGACUGCAUGUUACCUGGAGGUAAGCUGGUGGAAAGCUGUGCAGUGAUGGCUGACUAUUGGCCUGUUGAAGACCCUUACAAACCCAACUGCCCAACACCACCUGCACUACCUACCAGUGCACCUGAACCACCACCUACCUUAGCUCCAUGCAAACCAGACUCCAUGUGUGACCUGCUUAAAAGCAGUGUCUUUGCAGAGUGCCAUCCGUUUGUCUCUCCAGAAAAUUUCUACAGAGGUUGUGUAUUUGAUAGCUGUCAUGUUUCCAACCCAAUAGUGGAAUGCACAAGUUUACAGACUUAUGCUGCAGCCUGUGCUCAGGCUGGAGUUUGCAUUUACUGGAGGAACCACACCACACUGUGCACUGGUGAAUGCCCAUCAGGCAAAGUUUACAAGCCAUGUGGUCCUGUAGAACAGCCAACCUGUGAAGACAAUCCCAGUGAACCACCUAUGAACUACACUACUGAGGGCUGUUUCUGUCCUGAUGGAAUGAAACUCUUUAACCAGGAGUCUGGAAUAUGUGUUGAAAAAUGUGGAUGUCUUGAUCCUGAGGGCAUUCCUCGUGAGUUCAAUGAAAGAUUUGAGUACAAAUGCCAGGACUGCAUCUGUGAAGAAUCCACCAAGACUGUGUCUUGCAAGCCUAAGGUCUGCCCACCACCAGCCACUACAAACUGCUCUGCUCCUGGGUUUGUCCUCGUUAACCAGACCAGUCCGUCAGACCCCUGCUGUUCUACCUAUGUUUGCCAAUGUCAAGCUAACACCUGCCCAGUCACCAAUAUGAACUGUCCAGCUGGAUACAAGCCAGUUGUCAGUGUUCCUGUUGGAAAAUGCUGUCCAGAACAUACAUGUGAACCUAAAAGAGUUUGUGUUCACAGAGAAACUGAAUACCAGCCUGGUUCUUCAGUUCCUGUGAUUGCAUGUCAGGAUUGUACCUGUUCCAAUGAGAUUGACCCAAAAUCUGGUCUAUUAAAGAUAAUUUGCGUGUUUCAACAAUGUAAAGAAAGCUGUGAACUGGGAUAUGAAUAUGUGGAAAGUGAUUCAGAUGAAUGCUGCGGGAAGUGUGUACAGACACACUGUGUUGUCAACAUUAAUGGAACCAAACAACUUUUGACUCAAGGAGAAACCUGGUCACCACCGGGGAAUAAGUGUGAACAUUACACCUGUGUCAAGAAUGGUGAGACUUUAACAGCAAGCCAUUCACAGACUGUCUGCCCACCCUUCCAAGAGAGCAACUGCCAACCUGACACAAUUCAAACUGCAGCAAACGGCUGUUGCAAAAUUUGCGUGGAGAAGGAGAAGGGAUGCAAGUUAAUGUCCAUGAAAACCCAUAUUACAGUCAACGGUUGUCAGUCUGCCCAGGAGGUAGAUAUGCCAUAUUGUGAAGGAUCCUGCAACACUUACACCAUGUACUCUGAAGCAGCAGCAGCUAUGGAGCAUUCCUGCUCAUGCUGUAAGGAGAUAAACUUCAGCAAUCGCACUGCUGACUUGGUCUGCUUGAAUGGAGACACGGUCCCCUACACAUACAUGUAUGUGGAGCAGUGUGGUUGUACCAGUACAGACUGCAUCAGAGCUGCUCGACAUUAUGUUCGCAGGAAGAGAAGCUUCACACUGCUGUGAUGAAACAGUCCAUCUCUUUACAGAUGUGACAUACAAUUGUUUCUUCCCAUAUUGUCUUAAAAAUCAUUAAAUAUCUUACAAAGUAAUU